CGGAAGUACAGUCAGGCGGGGGAUUUUAACUGCAGCUGGUCGCUCGUGUUUGCUCGCGCGGAGAACAAACAAACAAACAAAAAAGAGGAAGAAAGAAAACAAAUUGAAUGCAAAUGGCGACGCCACCGAAGAGACUGUGCCGACUUCCCGCCAGCCCGACCGGAAGUUUCUGCCGUCGCCACAAGAAGAUUUCCAUCGAGGGAAACAUCGCUGCAGGGAAGUCCACGUUUGUACGUCUCCUCCAGGGGGCUUCGGAGGAGUGGGAGGUGAUUCCUGAGCCCAUUGGGAAAUGGUGCAACGUCCAAAAUGAGAGCGACGAUGUCUUCCAGGAGCUAAGUUCCUCUCAGAAGAGCGGCGGGAACCUGCUGCAGAUGCUCUACGACAAACCCAGCCGCUGGUCGUACACCUUCCAGAGUUACGCCUGCCUCAGCAGAGUCCGAACUCAGCUUCAGAGUCCGUCGGUCAAACUUCAGCAGGCGGAGAGCCCGGUUCAGUUCUACGAAAGAUCUGUUUACUCCGACAGGUACGUGUUUGCGUCGAACCUCUUUGAUUGCGGGAACCUGACUGAGACGGAGUGGAGUGUCUAUCAGGACUGGCACACCUGGUUACUGGGCCAGUUUGAAUCGGACCUCGCCCUCGACGCCAUCAUCUACCUCAGAGCGCCGCCACAGCGCUGCAUGCAGCGACUGCUCCACCGCGGCCGGGAGGAGGAGCAGGGGAUUCCCCUGGAGUACCUGGAGCAGCUCCACUUCAAACACGAGUCCUGGCUCUUUCACCGCAGCAUGAGGUUGGACUUCGACUACCUGAACGAUGUCCCCAUUCUCACCAUCAACGUGGACGACGACUUCAAGAAUGACCGGAUCAAACAGGAAGCCAUUUUAGACAAGGUGAAAGAGUUUCUCUCCACGUUGUAGAACUUCAGGACUUGAACCGGCCAGUAUUACAAACUUAGUGUCUGUACGGACAUUUUGGUUUUAAUCCAUGAGUAUUUUUAUUUUUUUAUCAAGUGUGUGCAUAUAUGUCUGUGUCUAACACUACGUGAC